AUCUUUCUGAGUAUUUGCACAAAUUUGAAGUGAUUCUCAACUUAAGCUGCUAAUUUUUGGGGAAAAGGAAGUAAUGGAGACGGAGAUCUCAGAGACAUUGUUGUUCCCUGCAAGGAAUCAAGACGAAGAAGAUGUUCCUCACUGGAAGGAUCAGAUCACGAGGCGAGGCUUAAUCGCUAGCGCCUUGUUAGGGAUCUUGUUCUGUAUCAUUACCCAUAAGCUUAAUCUCACUGUCGGAAUCAUUCCUUCGCUAAACGUAGCUGCUGGUCUUCUCGGUUUCUUCUCUGUCAAGUCAUGGAAUAGCUUCUUGUCGAAACUAGGGUUUUCAGUUAAACCCUUCACCAAGCAAGAGAACACCGUUAUUCAGACUUGCGUUGUCGCUUGCUACGGCCUCGCUUAUAGCGGAGGAUUUGGUUCGUAUUUGAUUGCUAUGGAUGAGAGGACAUACAAGCUCAUUGGUGCUGAUCGUCCCGGAAACUAUCCUGAAGAUGUUAUAAAUCCUGGACUAUGGUGGAUGAUUGUAUUCUUAUUUGCUGUCAGCUUCCUCGGCCUCUUCAGCCUCGUUCCACUUCGAAAGGUAAUGAUUUUGGACUACAAGCUUACGUAUCCCAGUGGAACCGCUACGGCAAUGCUGAUUAACAGUUUUCACGACAACUCUGGAGCCGAGCUUGCAGAAAACCAAGUUAAAUGUCUUGGGAAGUAUCUCAGCCUUAGCUUUGUUUGGAGUUGCUUCAAGUGGUUCUUUAGUGGUAUUGGAGAUGCAUGUGGGUUUGAUAACUUUCCCACACUUGGUUUGACGCUAUUCAAGAACACGUUUUACUUUGAUUUCAGUCCUACUUUUAUUGGAUGUGGUCUGAUAUGUCCCCAUUUAGUGAACUGCUCAGUUCUUCUGGGCGCUAUCAUUUCUUGGGGCUUUCUCUGGCCCUUCAUAUCACACCAUGCUGGAGACUGGUAUCCAUCUGACCUUGAGACCAACGAUUUUAAAGGUCUCUACGGAUAUAAGGUCUUUAUCCCCAUUGCUAUCAUCCUUGGUGACGGUCUCUACAACCUCAUCAAAAUCACUAUUGUCACUAUGAAGGAACUCUGCAACAAACAACAACAUCUACCUGUCUUUACCGACAUUCUAGAUGAGAGUAGUGAGCCCUCAGAAUUACUGCUGGAGAAGAAGAAAAGAGAUGAAGUGUUUCUCAAGGACCAUAUACCCCUCGGUUUCGCGGUUUCUGGUUAUGUAUGUCUAGCAGCCAUUUCGACCGCAACCAUACCAUUUAUAUUCCCACCUUUGAAAUGGUACUUUGUCCUCUGUUCAUACUUGGUUGCAACUGGGCUUGCCUUUUGCAAUUCUUACGGAGCAGGGCUCACUGAUAUGAGCCUGCCUUCGACCUACGGAAAGAUCGGUCUUUUCACCAUAGCUUCGGUUGUAGGAAACAGUGGUGGUGGAGUCAUCGCCGGUUUAUCAGCGUGUGGUGUUAUGAUGGCAAUCGUCUCAACCGCAGCAGAUCUCAUGCAAGACUUUAAAACAGGUUACCUCACCUUAUCAUCUGCCAAGUCCAUGUUUGUAACUCAGCUUUUGGGUACAGCAAUGGGUUGUGUGAUCGCUCCUCUCACGUUUUGGAUGUUUUGGACUGCCUUUGAGGUCGGAGAUCCUGAUGGUCUUUACAAAGCUCCUUACGCUGUUAUCUACCGGGAAAUGGCUAUUCUUGGGAUAGAAGGAUUUGCGAAACUCCCUAAACAUUGUUUGGCUCUUUGUUGCGGAUUCUUCGUUGCUGCUCUUAUUGUUAAUAUUGCCAGAGAUAUUACACCGCCUAAGAUCUCUAAGUUUAUACCACUUCCCAUGGCUAUGGCUGCUCCAUUCUAUAUAGGAGCCUACUUUGCCAUCGACAUGUUUGUUGGGACCGUGGUUUUGUUCAUAUGGGAACGGGUAGAUAAGAAAGGUGUGGAUGAUUACUCGGGUGCAAUAGCUUCUGGAAUGAUAUGUGGUGAUGGAAUAUGGACAAUACCGUCUGCCAUUCUUUCCAUCUUAAGAAUCAAUCCACCCAUAUGUAUGUACUUUAGACCAUCCUAGACAUUAAUGUCUUUGUGCAUUAUGGAAAAAAAGUGUUCAGAAAAAACUUUUGAAAUUAAUGUUGAGGAGAUGUUUAUAAACUGGAGAGAUGUUUAUAAAUUGGAUCACUAAUUUCUACUUGGAGUAAUU